GGGGUAAUCGGGUCUUUUAGGAUCCCUUUGUGCAAAUAGACACACCGCUCUGUCAUGCAUCUUCAACUGGUGGAGGUAAAUAUACUGUAGAUGUCGAGGAACUUCGUGAAAUGACAGAUUCAGACUGUCAUAGUACAGAAGACAUUGGAUUCUGUGUCAGAUGCCGGAGUCUUGUGAAGGAGGACACUUUCAUUCAGACUCUUGGAGGUGAUUGGCAUUCAAACUGUUUUCGGUGUUCCGAGUGUAACAAGAGCUUGUCCAACUGGUACUUUGAGAAGAAUGGACAACUGUAUUGUAAGCAGGACUACUGGGCCCUGUAUGGCAAUGUGUGUAACAGAUGUGGGCUAACCAUCACAGGACCAAUCAUGGUGGCUGGAGAUCAUAAGUUUCAUUCAGAAUGUUUCCAGUGUCACGACUGUGACACAAUCAUAGAGAAUGGACAGACGUAUGCACUGGUGGAACACUCCCUGCUGCUCUGUGGAGUGUGUUACAAAGUACGAAUGAAACCUGUCCUGCUCGGGUCUUCCAGUCAAAAUAAGGGGGUACAUUCCACUGAGCUAAUUAAGGUCCCACUAACACCUGCUGGACAGAGUCUAAGACUAGAUGACAAUUUGAGCCCAGAAUUAGAUGCUGUCAGUGUUGGAGACAAGAUCCUGGAAGUUAAUGGGAUGCCAGUAAAAGAAAGCUCUCUUGAGGAGAUUGAUCAGAUUUUACAAAACACCAAAGAACCUGUACAACUGAUGUUAGAAAGAGGAACACCUUCCUGUUUCUCCCCAUCUAAAAGUCAAACAGAUUCCCGUAACAGUUCCUAUCUGAGUCCAAAUGGCUCACCAUUCUCUGAUGAUGAAAGUCUGCCCAGAGAGAGGAUCAUCAAUGGAGUGAAAAGAAGACCCAAGAAAGAUCAAAUGAAUAAGAACACAUCCAGAAGAAGGAGUAAAUCACCAUCGCCGAUGCCUUCCCGAACAAAAAGUGUUGAUCUCACUCGAGCUUCCUCCUUCAAGACUCAGCCCACCUCACACCGAGUUUUCAGGGCCACUGAUCUCAUACAGGGGGAGGUGCUCGGAAAAGGUUUCUUUGGACAGGCUGUUAAAGUGACACAUCGAAUAACAGGGGAGGUAAUGGUGCUGAAGGAAAUGUACAGAUUUGAUGAAGAAGUUCAGAAAAGUUUUCUCAAAGAGGUAAAUCACUUGAAGCUGUACAAAAUUCUUGAAAUGUUCAAGAAUGGUCAGUCUUAAGAAAAAAUUUUGAACCAAACUUCAAUAAAUAUUCGAUUUUCUAAAUUACCAAGUUAACCAUCUCAGAAUUACCAAAUAAUU